AGUCGCAUGCUGACCAAAAGUCGUCACGUGAUAUAGAUACACGUUUCUUGCACUAGUUUUGUACUCUUUUUUACGGAAGAAAGCGCUUCCUUUGCGUAAUCACCUGUAAUCGCGCCUCAAUACAAGUCAAAAUCAUUUCAGAUACAUCAGAGUAUUUGCAGCACAUACAUUUGCAUAUCUUCGAGGAAUUAAAAAGAAUUCUAACUCUUGGCACUCUACUGUUGUACAUGUGCAUACAAGGUUCAACCUGCUUAGUUGGCGGUUUGGUGAAAGUUGAGAAAACUCGAACAGUUUCAGAGCAACUAGCGACGUUUUCAUAGUCUUACGUUACGUUCACUGUUACGCUCAAGAUUUAGUAAUCAGUAGUGCCCAGUAGAAAUUUUUAGAAGAAUAUAAUGGCGUCGAAAGUCACGUUCAAGAUUACAUUAACAUCAGAUCCAAAGCUGCCAUUCAAAGUGUAAGUACUUGGCUCCAAAUUGGUAUGUACAAUGUGGUCAGAGAACAAUCUGGGGAGAAAACAUCUGCGAUAAGAUUGUGUUAAGACUCAUUAGUCAGACUGUUUUGAUUGGUUGCUCAUCAUGGCUGCAACAGAUUCUGAUUUUAUAAACUUAGCUCGUAUCUUCGAUCACUAUUUGAUGAUUUUAGAAAACCCCCAUGUAGGGAAACAAGUGACCAUUGAUAAUAUCGCACAAAUGUUUAAGUGUUGUUCAAUUGUGGAAACAGCAAUAGCCAUGGUACGAGAAACAGGGAAAGAAACACUACUUGAAAAUCAUCUGCAGGAGCGAUGGAGGCUGCAACAAAGGUCUAGAAUUUAUAAAUUAAGUGACAUAGAAUUUGCAUUGGAUAAAAUGUUGGAAGUGUGCCUAAAAGAUUUAUCGAUACCUAUCAAAGCUGUAGAUAAAAUAGUUGGAAUGUAUGUUGAUCACUGUGGGAGUGAAAGGCUGAAAAAUUUCCUGAGCAAAACCAUGAGUAUUUCUAUGUGUAGUAAUGCAAUCCUUCAAUCAUUAGAAGAAUUGGGUGUGUCUGCCUCUACUUUGGAAAACGAAGCCUUGAUCGCUUCCUGGGAAGAAGAAGUUGAAAAUGGCAGACAAGAACAAGUGACCACUUGUAUAGUCAAUAUGUUAGAAGAUGGGCACAUCUCAAGGAUCAUUGAGUUCUUAUCAGAAUUUCAUAUGAACAAGAAGCUUGAUCAAUUGAUGGAAACAUGCAUAUCUUCAAAAAUCAUAAACAAUGACACAACAGUAUUUUUAGCAUUCAUAGAAUUAAAUACAACGUCGCUCCUGAAUUUACUUAAUAAUCGUGAUAAGUUGCAUAUCAGUUUCAUCGAUGCUUUAUUUUAUUUUGCUAGAAAUAUGAAAUAUGUAGGUAACAAGUGGAUAUCAGAGCAAGAAGUUACCUAUGAACAUAUUCUCAAACUCAUGAAGGUGUUUCUAAGUGAUUCCAGAAAAGUAUAUGACCUAAUAAAAGGCAGAUUACAGUUAGCCAAGCAUCAACCUGAUUGUUCAAUAUGGAAUGAUAUCGAGAAGGAUUGCUUACAGCAAUAAUGAAUUUUUACUCUUCCUGAUUAUUGACUUUAAAUAAAAUAAACGUAUUUUUUUCAAAA